AUGAGCAAACGUCCGACACCAGGAGGACAACAGCAGCGAGCACCAGCUGCGCAGCGUUCGUCAUCUGUUGGAGUUCCAAGAGGUUCAGCAAAUCGGUCAUUAGUACCAACAAAUUCAAGAAAUAAUGUUAUAGAGCGUAUAGCACAGAAUCCAAUUCGUUUUCAUGAAGAAAAUGGAAUGAUGGUACCUGAUGGAUAUACAUCACAUGUAAUUCGACCGGCUGCUAAAGGAGAUGUUGUAACAAUGGCUCGAGCAAUGAAUCGUGAUUUUGGUUCAAAAGCGAAAGCUAUGUUUCAAAGUGAAGUUGAUGCAGCACGUGAUGCUAUUGAACAAGAUCUUUAUAUUAGUUAUCGACAACCAGGCAAAGAUUUUGAUUGUUAUCGUGUUGGAUCAAUUGGAAAAUGUUUUUGUGGUCAUACACUUGAUGAACAUGCACGAUUUAACCGCAAAGUCAGACGUUUAAAAUGUCAAUCAGGUGGUUGUGCAUGUGAAGGAUUUGCUUAUAUUCCAUCGCGACCUGAUGAAGUCGGUGAAUUUUGGUUAGCAAAACGACCAGGUUUUGAUCCAUCAACUUGGCGUGCUAAAUGUCGAUGUGGACAUGCACAUGAUCGGCAUGAACCGAAAUAUAAACGAUGCAAAGAAUGUAGCUGCAGUAAUUUCAAUUCUAAUUUCUUAUGUGCUGCUUGUAGUAAUCAUUGGGAACAACAUGAAACUUUUAUUGAACGUGGUAGUGAACGUGAACAACAGAAUCUACCGACAGGUGAAUUUUAUAUGCCUUUUGCUGAAUUACCAGAUAUGCAACAGGUCAUUUUAACUGGAUCGGAUGCACAUAUGCCGAGUCCAUAUUUGGAUGCAGCACCAAGACAAUCUCUUCCACAAAGUGGAGGAAUGCGUGGACGUUCAAAUGCAUUACAAGCAUCAAAUCGACCAGCUAUUGGCUAUGAUCAAUAUUCAGAUCCAUCAGCUCGUGGUGAAAGUAAUGCUAGUACAAGCCAAAAAGGUCCUAUGCGAGGACGAGGACCACUACGUGGUAGUCAUCAAGCAACUGAAGAAUAA